UAGAAAAUUAUUUGGAGGUAGGAGGUACUGUCUCCACGUGAUAUAAUUUGUCACACUUUUUCUAUUGCUUUUUCUCCAAAAUCUUACUCUUCUUACCGCUAUAUUUUUUCCCCCUUGAAGUUGUGGAGAAGCUGUGAUCGGAACCAUCUCUACCUCCCAAUCCAAACGGCAAGGCAUCAAUAGUGAAUCGUUCGAUCAGAUUGGUCGCCCAAUCGCUACAUAAAUUGCAUUUCUUCAAUAUGACCCGUUUUGCCCGUGCCAAAGGCUCCAAAGCAUCUAAUGAGAAGUUACCUGAGCCAAGCACUCCAUGGGGAGAGUUACGUAAGCAGAUGCAGUCAUUAUCAAGCAAGCAGAACCCUCCGGAAAAAUCUGACUCUGAAGAAAGCACCAGCUCUAGUGAUGAAGAUGAACAAAGCUCAGCCAAACCCACCGUCGAUCAACCUGAAGAAAAAGUUUGGGCAGAAUUAUCUGCCUCCAAAGAGAAAGAAACAGAAAGUGAGUAUGAUGACUUCUUGGUUGAUGAUGGGACUACUUGCGGCAACUCUUCAAUUCUUCUGUUAAAUCAAUCGCAAAGCAGUGAAAAUGGAGACAGUAAGCCAGUUUUUAAUUCUAAAAUUAGUGCAGAGAAACUAGGAAAUGGACCAUUCAAUAACCGCUCAAAGAAUUUUGAGCCCUCUGGUUUCAAAAAAACAAACUCAAACGGCAUCAUAAGUCGUGGAGACGACUUAAGUUAUACCAUGCUUCUAAAUGGGGAGGUGACAAAAGUAGUCAAUUUUGAGGGGUUCAAUAUUAAAGAGGUAGAUGCAAAAAGAUUGUAUGAACUAAGGAAAAAACUUUACCAGGAAAAAAAAAUUCCACAUGGUGAAAUAGUCCGAACCAUUCAGCUAGAACGUAGAAAAGCUGAGAAAGCUCUUCAGCGAGAAAUGAAGAAUGUCUGUUACAACUGCCGCAAGUCCGGUCAUUUUGUACAAGACUGUCCUGAGUACAAGAAGUCUGUCAAUGAGCCUACUGUAGAAACUGGUAUCUGUUACAAGUGCGGGUCAACAGAACACACUAGCCACGAGUGUCGUUUGAAACAUGGCAGUUUUCGUUUUGCUAAAUGUUUCAUUUGUAAUGAGCAAGGCCAUAUUUCUCGUGAGUGUCCUGAUAACCCUCGUGGUAUUUAUCCAAAAGGAGGGGCAUGCAAAGGGUGCGGAGAUGUAACGCACUUUGCCAAAGACUGCCCAGUUCUAAUCCAAAAAAAGGAAAAGAAACCGUUUACACUUGGAACGUUGAAUAAUAAUGAUAUUGAAGCCUUAGACGAUAAUUUUGGUUCAUCAUCAUCAUCAUCUCAGCCUAGGCAUGAUAAGAAAAGGAGGCAUUCUGGCAUGAAAAGUUUUUAUAGACAAAAAAGACUUAAGAAGUCACACUUUUAGUUAUUGAAAUCAUGUAAGUACCUGAUGUUCAUAACAUUUUUCCUUACUUAAUGUGUUUAUGCCUUUCAAUUUUUCUUCAAUUAAAUAUGUACCUAAGUUGCCAUAAUUUCACUUCCAAGCACUCUCAAAUGAUAGUAGAAAUUGUGAUUAAGUGAGAUAUUAAAUUCUCUCCAUCAGAUUUAAGUAUGAUUCAUAACUGGCAGAGGUCAGUAUUUAUCUAAAUGACAUCUUUUUCUUGCGAUCCACCACAAAUAAAUUUCUGUCCUCCUCAGGAAAUUUCUGUCCAUACAUGAAAUAUCAAUUCACACUUGCUGGAGCAGAUUCUUGCAGUUUAAAAUUGGAUUUUAAAACAAGAAAUGGUUAAAAGGAGGUUGAAAAUUUUUAGGGCAUGGAAAACAAUUGUAUCGGUUUAUUAAAAUCCAUAAGAUGUGAUGGACCAUCUCUUUAAUCCUUCUGUAUUAGAAGACUUUUCUCUCUUCUUUUCUUUGCCAUGAUAGUCGUCCGUUUGAGAUUGUCCUACUGUCUGAAACAUCCUAGAAUUAUUCCUGGAAAGCAAUGAGAAACAUCCGUAGCUGCAUGUAGGUCCUAUGAUUAAUUUUUCUGCAGAAAAUGAGCACUCGGCUGCCUCGUUUGCUAAUAAAUAGCUUUUGUCGCACGUAAAACUAUCCUAAGUUUUCCUAUUAUAUGAACAAAAUUAGCCAAGGCUGGGAUUCAUAUUUCGGCUCUAAUUUUCAUUAUGGCUCUUGCGAUUUUUGAUUAAACAUCACUUCAGUAAGUGAUUUAAGUCUGUAAGUAUUUGUGAUUGAAGUCAUUAAAAUAUUAUAUCAAAGGAGUACUAAUUUUCCCUCUCGGGAAAGCAAUCGCAAAAUUUUAGGGCUGGUUGAAAAUUUUAACUUAGAGUUUUGUAGCCAAUUCAAAAAUACCAUUAAUUAAGUCUUUAGCUUGGAUUAUUUCCAGUAAAAAUACUGUUUCCCAUGAGACAAGAUGCAUGUCAUUUCAGAAGAUGUCGAUUUUUUACUAAAUUGAGCUAAACUAAUCGCAUUCAAGUAUCUGUGAGGGAAUGUCGAAUAGAACCCGAAGUGUCUUAAUGUUUGCCUCUGCUUUAAAUAGGUACACUAUUUUUAAACUUCAAAUGUAUUUCUAAUAAUGUAAUGAAAAGAUCAAUACCUUCAUCCGUGAAAAAUCUCUAUUCUUGUGGUUUAUUUCAGUCGCUCAACAACUUUUAAAGUGGUUUCAGGAAAAUUUAGAAAGUACCUCCGCUUUUCCAUUUCUUUCUUCUGUUUCCAAAUACUCAAGCAAACUAGAUUCUUACGAUUUUAGUUCCAGAUUCAGAAUGGAAUUUGAUUUAGUUGCAAGUUGUCACAAUCACGGAACAUUAGUUUCAAAAAUUGAAGUUCCAUAUUUUUUCGGAACAGUUUCUAUUCAAAUUUUUGGAAGCUUCUGUUGUCGCUUUGGGUUUGAGAUGAAAUCACGCUCCAAGUUUUCUCUGAUUAUGACUAAUUUGUUCCUAGCAGUUGAUCAAAGAUUCAUUUUCUCUGAACAGAGCAUUAAAUCUGACUGUUUUUGAAAAAUAGGCUGUUAUAACUCCAAAAAGCCGUUUGGUUUUCUGAAUCCGAUGAGUUGAUGCUUUUCCAAGUUCCAUCGUCUAGUAACUUAAUACAAAUUGAAAGUCCUCCAUUUUAAGUGUAAUACUUUGGCUUAAGGAAUUCUAUUCCACAAGUUAAAUCAGAUGUGUUUAAAAAUUAUUUGUAGAUUUCUUUUCUAAAUUGGCUGUAAAAGCUGGCUCCUUUAUUUGAUAAAUGUCAUCAAAUUCAUCUCCAGUUAUAAUGAAGUAUUUGCAAGUAUGAACUUUUGCACCACCACAUUUGCUGGUUUUAAACAUUUGUGACCACCCAUAAGGUUUGGUAUCAGGAGAAGCUAGGUAUCGGAAAACUUUGUCACAAUUAAAAGUCCUGGCUGUCCUAUUUCUAGUGAGGCUCACCAACUCACUACUUUGCUUUACAUGUUCGACGAUAAUACAACAGAAGUGGCUAUAGAUAAUGGAUUAAUAUCCUCUAUUUUUAAGGACGUACUAAGACAACCAGGAAUAACCCUUUCAUGCUGAUGUUCCCAUUUUUGCCUAGGUACAAUUUAUUGGCUUCAAAAAUUUAAACAAAAAAAUUGGGCAAUCGCUUUUUGUUGAUGGAAAAACCAAGAAUACACCCGAUGUUUUUCAAUAAAUUGUGUACUGAAUAUUUUA